GUAGUGUCAACAGGCCGUGCUACCGCCAGCUUGUUGCCUGACGUCUGGAGGAGCAUUGUACAUGAGGAUCUCUGCAGAGGGAAGUCCAUCAUAGACAUGAAAAUAGAGGCCAGACUUGUUUGAGGUUUUGGAAACAUGUCCAAGAAAAGGGGCAGGAAGCGCAGCAGCGGCGAGCUGAGCGACAGUCUCACCCCAGAUCCCAACAACCUGCUGGGCCGACGGAUCCAGCACAGCUGGAGGGAGAAGGGUGCGCUGACCAAAUGGAAGGGCACCGUGCUGGACCGCCUCAGCGUCAACUCCUCCCUGUUCAUGGUCAAGUACGACGGAUUCGACUGCGUCUAUGGCAUCGAGCUCUUUAAGGACGAGAGAGUCUCUAACCUGCAAGUUCUCACCGAGAAAGUGGUGAACAACAAGAUCAAGGUUCCUCACGACGCAGAGGAGCUGGUGGGAAAAGCUGUGGAGCAUCUGUUUGAGAAGGAGGACGGAGAGAAGAACGAGUGGAGGGGGAUGGUCCUGUCCCGAGCGCCCAUCAUGACCAACUGGUACUACAUCACCUACGAGAAGGACCCCGUGCUCUACAUGUACCAGCUCUGGGACGACUACAAAGACGGAGACCUCCGGAUUUUACCUGAAGCAGAGAACAAACACCUGCUGCCUGCAGACAGGAAGCCCGGUGAGGAAACAGAGAGCCUUGUGGGUAAGCAGGUGGAGUAUGUGACGGAUAAAGGGGUAAAGAGAACAGGUCUCGUCAUCUACCAAGUUCCCGCCAAGCCGUCGGUCUACUACAUCAAAUACGAUGAUGAUUUCCACAUCCACGUGUAUGACCUGGUCAAGACUACCUAAAAAACCACAGACAAAACAAAGAAACCCACAGCGCUUCACCUCUUCAUCGUUUAAGUACCCUCGCCUCUCAUUGUACAGUCUGUCAUGCCUCGCCGUGAAUGGCUGGCUGUCGAGGAGCUGUAUGAAGCGUCCGUGUACAGGGUUUGUUAUUUUGUGUUGAUGUCGCAGCUUAGCGAGGCGAUUUUUACAACUGUUAUAUCAAAACAGUGUAUUUAUACGUGUGCGUUGGGCAUCAUUUCGUAUGUUUCUAAUCUCAUGGACUAGCUUUCAUUCACCCGUAAACCAUGGAGAAGGUUGCAUUUUCAUAUGUAUGAAUGUUCGAGGAGUUUUGAAUUGUAAAUAGUUGUGACUGCAGGUAAAAAAAAAAAAAAAAGUCACGUCAGAGUUCCAUUUAAACGUACAGUGAGACUUUCUAACUGACCUAUUUAUUGAACUUAUACGCUUCCUAACCCAGAAUUGCUGUUAAAACCUUUGAGUUGGUAUUAUGCGACGCAUAUUGUGGCUUUUAGUUGAGUUUUCCCCCAAA